GGAUGGAUGGAUGGACAGAUGGAAUGACGGACAGACGGUUGGACGAUUGGAAUUAUGUCAUGUUGGAUCAGAAUGUCCUCUUGAUGCAUAAAUGUGCUGUUUUUCUCUCAUACAGGGAGUUGGAUUCCCAAACUUUUCUUUAACCAUCAAUUGCCCCCCUCCCCAAGGCUUAACAUCAAGUUCCAUUUGUAUUCAACCAUUUCUUCAAUCUUUCCCGCCUCCAGGCCGUAUCACAUGACUGAUGGAGCUGAGAUAGUUGAAUGCAUUCAACUUCGGGGUAGAACUCAGACAAUAGUUUAGGCAAGCAAUACCUGUGUGACUAAAGACCAUUUAAGCAGAUAUUUAGUCUCAUGAGCAGCGAAGAACAAUACCUCGAUCCUGUGGUCACAGGAGCGCCAUACACAUUUCACAACUUGAGGAACCGUCUCUAAAGGCUACCUUACUCUAAAAACUGAGGCUUCAAAACUCGCUUGAAUGAAAACAUGUAACACAGAAUAUUUGACUUUAAACAGAUCAGAUCAAACUAACAAUAACUUUGAAGAGUGUAGCUGCGUUUUCUUAAGGCAAAAGCAGAAGAGACAAAUGUGGAGACUUUGGCUGCCCUCUAGUGUUCAGACAAACAAAUUACAUCAACAGCUUCCUUAAACAUUUACUUAUGCUUUUCAGCAAUACAAUGUAUUUUUUUUUUUGUUAGAAACCGAAAUCUUUCAUUGAUAGUAGUGCAUUUUAUUUUAUUUUUUUUAUUUGCAACAUCUAUCUUCAGGAGUCACAAAAUCUCUUUCAGGGUCACUGGUGGUUGCUGGAGCCUAUCCCAGUAGUCCUGAACGGGUUGCUAGUCCACAACAGGACCACACACAUUUAUUUUUUCUCCUUUUUAGUGAUCGUUGGGAACAAAUAGAUUUUAUUUGAACUUUAUUUAAGGAAAAAAAAUCCCACUCUAUUAUUCCGACAUCACUUUUGCUUUGAGUAAAUCCAUAAAUGUUUGGAUUUUCUUACCUUUUUUUUUUCUUAGUCCAACUGUUCUCAGUAAAAAUAAGUGGGACCAAACAGUUAAAACAGAAAAUCGUCCUCACCAACAAACAUGGUAGCCACCUAGGGGCAAUUAGAGUUCCCAAUUAACCUAUGAAGCAUGCUUUCCAGGAGAACUCCAAACAGAAAGAUCCCAGACAGGAUUUAAACCACUCUAAGGCAAGAGUGAUAACCACUACACCACCAUGCCGCCUCAUUCAGUUAAGUCAUUGAAGAAAAUAUAGGGGAAGUACCUCUAACUACAACACUUAAAAAGAAGUGACAGUCUUUUAGCAAAAGUAUUCCAUGUAUUCCAGCAGAGGGCGCCACACGUUUUUUUUUUAAACUUCUCUGUCCUGUUUCUCCAGACACUUCCGCACAAACAAAACCCCUGUAAGCUGUUUCUCUACUGUCCAACAGUCAUCAUGUCUGCUUUUUCCACAACUUUCAGACAGAAAACUUCAGCUCAUUCCCACCUCUACAUAUGGCCGCUCCUCUGUCUCCUUAAAUGUUCCUUAGUGGUCACUAGGAUGGAGAAAUACAUUCGAAUUGGUGAAACAAAAAUAUAUAAUUUAGUAACAUUAACUGGUCAUUUGGAGCAUGCAUUUAAGCAGAGUUCUAUUUUUUUUUUAACUGGAGGUCCAAAAUGUUGAUAUUAAAGGAAGUUUACACAACCCAAGGAGGGGAUCAACCAUCAGGUACCGGUUCUCAUCAAAUUUUACCAGGUUUCACUUAGACGAGGAAGCUGUAUUUUCCUCUUUUGUGUUAAACAUGAACGGAAAGAGGAAGUGUUUUCUGUCUGCUUGUUGAGCGCGCUCAAGCGCCGCAUGUCCACUUCUCCGCCUGAUCUGAGAGGAGCAGAGUCUUCUGGGUCAUGGACGUCUACAGGGAAGCCGUGGAUUAUCUGGAGUCCCAACACGUCGCAGGUGAGGGGGCAGCGACCCACCUGUGGUUGACACUUUUCUCUGUUGUCCUCUUCUUCUUCCUAAAUCGGCUUCCUUUGUUUGUUGCAGCAGAAGCCGACAUCAUGGAGGAGGACGUCUUUCAUGAGGAGGCGGUUUCCAGCUUUCUGUCAACUAUGAACAUUGAGAGCAUAGACCUUCCCGACACCCCAUUGUUCAGUCCGGAGGAAAUGCUGGAGAAGAGGCUGGUGGUCAUCAAAGGAAUCCUGGAGAGCGAGGAGCUUUAUCUGGCCGAACUGGACACUCUUCUCAUGCCCAUGAAGGCUCUGCGGGCCUCAGCUGGAACCUCCCAGCCGGUGUUGUCAAAUCAACAGAUCCAGACGGUUUUCUACCAGGUGCCUGAGCUCAGGGACGUUCACAGGACCUUCUACUCGGAUCUGAAGGCCCGUCUGGACACUCACUACCAGGAUCAGCUCUCCGAAGAAUUGGGAAAGAGAUACUUUGAGUUGGAGGUGGGGGACCUUUUUCAGAGGCUGGUUAACCACAUUGGUCUUUAUGGGGGCUUCAUUGAAAACUACGAGAAAGCCGUAGAAGUCGUCAGAAAGUGCACAAACUCAGAUCCUCGCUUUCGUACACUUGCAGAGAGUAUGAUGUCUACCAACGGGACGGACAAAGCUCGAACCAAAUACACAUUUGAAGCUCUACUGUACAAGCCUUUGGACCGGGUAACCAAGACCACAUUAGUCCUGGGUGACUUGCUGAAGACGACACCAGUGGAGCACCGAGAUUAUGCGGCCCUCCAGGAAGCCCUGAGGCUGUCUCGCAGCUUCCUCUCUGGCGUCAACGAGAGUUCACAAAGCAAACGGGACGUCACGCUGAGUCACGACAUGAGGCGUCAACUGAUGCGCGACGGCUUUGUGGUGGACAGCAGCGAAGGCCACCGCAGCCUCCGACACCUCUUCCUUUAUACCGACCUCCUGCUGUGCACCAGAUUCAAACACGCAACCAGAGGGAAGCAGGAUCAGUACAGGUUCUCGUGGUACCUGCCCCUCGCCGGUCUCAAACUUUGUUGGGUGGCGGAGCAGGAGCGAGCGCCUGACAUGAACGUCCGCUUACACAACAUCAGAACCAAGAUGCACCUCCUGCGGCAGCAGCUGAAACAGCAUUCAAGAGCUUCCAGGGGCCUCGUUUUCACAGCUCGCAACAAGAAGAAGCUGGAAGAGUUGGAGCUCAUGCUGUUCACACACUCCCCUCUGUACAGACUGGAGCUGUUCAGCUCCAGUGGCAAGAGUCACACUCUCCUCUUUUCAUCGCUGUAUGAGCUGGAAGAAUGGAGAGAAAACAUCUACAAACUCACCUCAGGAACCAUCGAAACCGUCCCCCCAGACCUCCUCACUCUCACCGGCGCCUGCGUCAAACUGAGAAUGACCCAGCAGCCCCCGCUCCACAGCCUGAACAGCGGGAACGACAGGGACUCGUUAUGUGGGACGUUAACGGUGGCCAUUCAUUCAGCUUCAGGCCUGCAGCAGCCGGCUGGUGUGUAUGUGUGUGUGGAAGUGGACGGCUUUGAGUAUUAUGACAGACAAGCCCAGACUCACUCGUCAGUCCACAGCCUCAACCCGCACUGGGACCAGGAGUUGUCCUUCCAGGUGGAUGGGGCGCAGAGCAUGAGGCUGGUGUGUGUGAGUCAGAGGAAUGGAGAGGACGAUGCUGUUCUGGGAAAAACUACAGUCAAGUUGGAGUCUAAAACACUGAGCGAGCGAUGGAGGAGGCAGACGCUGCGGCUGGGUCAGGUGGAUCUGGCCAUUUCCUUGAAGUACAGCCCCCACCCGCUAGAGCCGCCCAGCUCUGCCGUCCAACAGCUGCCCCUGUUCGGUGUCCCCAUAGAAAAAGUCGCACAACAGGAGGGAGUGCUGGUUCCUCAUGUGGUGCGGUGCUGCGUGGAGGAGGUGGAGCGGAGAGGCAUGCGGGAGGUGGGAAUCUACCGAAUUUCAGGAACCAGCAGUGACAUCAACGUUCUCAAAGCAGCUUUCAACAGCAAUCUGCGGGAAGCCGUCAGCAGACUGAGAAACGCAGAAGUGAACUCCGUCUCCGGGGUCCUCAAGUUGUACCUGAGAGAACUGCCCGAGCCGCUCAUCCCCGCAGAGCUGUUUCAGAGUCUGGCAGAAAACCUGAACAUCCAGGAUGAGGACUCUCGGCAGGCCUCCAUGCUGUCUCUGCUGCAGUCCUGUCCCCACACCAACCAGAACACCUUCCUGUAUCUCAUGCAUCACCUGCAACGAGUUGCAGACAUGCAAGAUGUUAACAAAAUGACUUUGCUGAACUUGGCCACAGUGUUUGGUCCAAGUCUCUUACGCCCCCCGGUGGCUGGACUGAACGGGCCCGCUCUGGACAUCUCCCAUGAGGUGGUCGUACAGGUCCAGGUGGUUCUCUGCUACCUGCAAUGCAACAACCUCCCCGAGGCCCAGACGUCUCUGCCGCGCGACGCAGACGCUGAAGAGGAGACCACCCACAUGUGAGGCUCCAUCUGCACGGGGGCUGGACAGGAGAUCCAAACAGAGUGUGGACAAUAAAGUAUUUAUUCAGAACAG